AUGGCCCGUGCCAACAGCGAACUGAGGCAGCUGUUGUCUCUGUGUGUUUAGCUUUUCUCAGAAUUGUAAAAGCAAGGAGAGCAUAAACUGGCUACGCUAUUUGACUGAUGUAUCUGGCAAGUUCUGUCAGAAGCCAGUUCUACCACAGCCAGUUCAGCUCUAGCUAUCUGUCGGCAGGAUCAGAUGGUGACAGGUGUCCCAGCAGGGUCAGACAGCCAGAGAAGACCAGUCUACAAAGCUCAGGUAUUAGACUCAUGGGCUCAAAAAGGAGAAGGGCUACGUCCCCCUCUAGUAGUGUCAGUGGGGGGGACUUUGACGAUGGACAGCCUUCAUCCUCAGCAUCUUCGGUAGGUCGGAAAAGGAGAAGAACCUCAAAUAUUCCCACUGUUGAUCCAAUUGCAGUAUGCCAUGAAUUGUACAACACAAUCAGAGAUUAUAAGGAUGACCAGGGAAGAAUGUUAUGUGAGCUGUUCAUAAGAGCACCCAAGAGACGAAAUCAAUCGGAUUACUAUGACGUUGUGACUCAGCCUAUUGACAUGAUGAAGAUCCAGCAGAAGCUGAAGAUGGAGGAGUACGAUGAUGUGGAGCAGAUAACGGCUGACUUUCAGCUCUUAUUCAACAAUGCAAAGGCAUACUACAAGUCGGAUUCUCCAGAGUACAGAGCAGCAUGUAAGCUGUGGGACCUCUACCUGCGUACUAAGAAUGAGUUUGUUCAGCGGGGGGAUUAUGAUGACGAUGAUGAGGACGGGGACGAUGCACAAAAUAAUCCUGGAGGGUCAAAUGAGGAUGAGAAUGCACCCAAUUGCCUGAAGGAGGUCCUUGAGCAGCUGCUGGAUGCUGUGGUGACAUUCUCCGAGCCCUCAGGGCAUCUCGUCAGUGAUCUAUUCCAGAAACUGCCCUCUAAAGUGCAAUACCCAGACUAUUAUGCCAUAAUAAAGGACCCAAUAGAUCUGAAAAUCAUUGCCCAGAAGAUACAGAUGAGCCACUACAGAAGUGUUGGUGCCAUGGCAAAAGACAUAGAUCUUCUGGCUAAGAAUGCCAAAAUGUACAAUGAGCCUGGGUCACAAGUUUUUAAGGAUGCCAACACCAUCAAAAAGGUCUUUGCACAGAGAAAGACAGAAAUUGAGCAUGCUGAGCCAAUCAAGUCCAGUAUUCGCAUCAGGCAAGUAACACCGUAGACAUGGUAGAAAGUAGACUUUACGAGUCAAACAAACAACAUGCAACAUUUUGAAGCAUUUUUCCAUGAAUUAAACAGCUGUGUGUGUGUCAGGAACAGAAGGUCAGCCCAGGGAGACCGGCUCUCAGCUAUUACCAUGGCUCUUCAGUAUGAUAGUGAUGACGAUGGCAUUCUGGCUGGGUCUGUCCACUAUGACGAGGGGGAGUCAGAGGCAGAGAGCAUGCACCACAGCAUGGACAUGAGUAACCCCAUCUUCCAGCUGUACGAGGCUGUGCGUGGCGGCAGGAACAGCCAGGGCCAACUCAUCUCCGAGCCCUUCCUCCAGCUGCCCUCCAGGAAAGACUACCCAGACUACUUCCAGCAGAUCAGCCAGCCCAUCUCCCUGCACCAGAUUAGGAGCAAGAUGAAGAACAACGAGUAUGAGAGUGUUGAUCAGCUAGACGCCGACCUCACUCUGAUGUUUGAGAACGCCAAGCGCUACAAUGUGCCUCAUUCCUCUAUCUAUAAGCGUGUGUUGAAACUCCAGCACAUUCAGCAGCUAAAGAGGACAGAGCUAUUGAGGAGGGAGGACGACAGCAUGGAUGGGGACAGCAUGCUCUCUUCUACCAUGUCUGAUACUGGCAGCACUAAGAGGAAGAGCCAUAAGAAAAACACCAAGAAGAACCGGAUGAAGGCCCUGUACUCCGCAGUGACGGAGGCCCGGGAGAUGGGCACAGGCCGGAGGCUCUGUGAGCUCUUCAUGGUCAAGCCUUCCAAGAAGGACUACCCGGACUACUACAAGAUCAUCCUGGAGCCAGUGGACCUGAGGAUCAUCGACCACAACAUCCGCUCUGAGAAAUACAUGACUGAGGACGCUCUGCUGGAGGACAUGAAGCUCAUGUUCCGCAACGCACGACACUACAAUGAGGAGGGCUCACAGGUCUAUAACGAUGCCAACGUCCUGGAGAAAGUCAUAAAAGACAAACGGAGGGAUCUUGGCCCAACGCCUGACGAUGAUGACAUGUCACCAAAGUUGAAAAUAAGGAAGAGUGGUAUCACGCCUAAGAAGUCCAAGUACCUGACCCCCCUGCAGCAGAAGCUGAACGAGCUGUACGAGGCGGUGAAGAACUUCACAGACAAGCGUGGCCGCCGCCUCAGCACCAUCUUCCUACGGCUUCCAUCGCGCGCUGAAUUACCCAACUACUACAUCGCCAUCAAGAAGCCAGUGGACAUGGAAAAGGUCAGGAGCCACAUGCUGGCCAACAAGUACCAGGAUGUAGACGCACUGGUGGAGGACCUGGUGCUGAUGUUCAACAACGCCUGCACCUACAACGAGCCAGAGUCUCUGAUCUACCGCGACGCUCUUGUGCUGCACCGUGUUCUGCUGGAGACUCGCCGGGACCUGGAGGGAGGCGAGGACGCCCAUGUGCCCGACGUGGCCCGCCUCAUCCAGGAGCUCAUCCGCAGCCUCUUCGUCUCCGUGCUUGGUCACCAGGAUGACGAGGGGCGUUGCUACAGCGACUCGCUGGCUGAGAUCCCCGCUACUGACCCCAGCAGCCCCGACAGACCGCCGCUCAACUUUGAGAUCAUCAGAGCUAACGUGGACCGGGGACGCUACAAGAGACUGGACGUGUUCCAGGAUCACAUGUUUGAGGUGCUGGAGAAGGCCAGGCGCAUGCACAGGACGGACUCUGAGAUCUUUGAGGAUGCGGUGGAGCUGCAGCAGUUCUUCAUCCGGAUCCGAGAUGAGCUGUGUAAGAAUGGAGAGAUCCUGCUCACCCCCGCCCUCAGCUACACCUCCAAACACCUGCACAGUGACGUGGAGAAGGAGAAGAAGGAGAAGCUGCCCAAGGAGAUAGAGGAGGACAAGCUCAAGAGGGAGGAGGAGAAGAAAGAAGCUGAGAAGAGUGAGGACCCUGCUGGAGGGGCGUGGCAGUCUGGUCUCCAGCGUACCUACAGCCAGGACUGCAGCUUCAAAGACAGCAUGUACCACGUGGGAGACUAUGUGUACGUGGAGCCUGCUGAGCCCAACCUGCAGCCGCAUAUCGUCUGCAUUGAGCGCCUGUGGCAGGAUGAUGCAGGUGAGAAGUGGCUGUAUGGCUGCUGGUUCUACAGGCCAAAUGAAACCUUCCAUCUCGCUACACGCAAGUUCCUGGAGAAGGAGGUCUUCAAGAGCGACUACUUCAACAAGAUUCCUGUCAGCAAGAUACUGGGCAAAUGUGUUGUCAUGUUUGUUAAGGACUACUUUAAGCUUCACCCAGAGGGCUUCAGGGCAGACGAUGUGUAUGUCUGUGAGUCUCGCUACUCAGCCAAGACCAAGUCCUUCAAGAAGAUCAAGAUGUGGACCAUGCCCCUGAGCUCCGUUAGGUUUGUCCCUCGGGGCGUACCGUUGCCUGUAGUCCGGGUUGCAUCCAUGUUUGCCCCUAAACAAGAAGAAGAGAAGCCUGCAGAGAUACAAGAAGAGGGCAAAGCCUUGGACACUAUGGAUAAGGAGAGGGAGGAUGUAAUCCUGGACAUGACCAAUGGGGAACCAGGCUGCCAAUACUAUGAGCAGCUCUGCUACAAUGACACCUGGCUGAAAGUGGGAGACUGCAUCUAUAUUCGCUCACAUGGACUAGUGCGCCACCGAGUAGGCAGGAUUGAGAAGAUGUGGAUGCGGGACGGAGCGGCCUACUUCUUUGGGCCUAUUUUCAUCCACCCAGAGGAGACAGAACACGAGCCCACCAGGAUGUUCUACAAGAAGGAAGUGUUCCUUAGCAACCUGGAGGAGUCUUGCCCCAUGACCUGUAUCAUAGGGAAGUGUGCGGUGUCCUCCUUCAAGGAGUACCUUUCGUGCCGGCCCACGGAAGUGCCUGAGGAGGACGUUCUGCUUUGUGAGAGUCGUUACAUCGAGAGUGACAAACAGAUGAAGAAGUUCAAGGGUCUGAAGCGCUUCUCCCUCUCUGGGAAGGUGGUGGAGGACGAGAUCUAUUACUUCAGGAAGCUGAUCGUGCCCCAGAAGGAGCCAUCCCCUCUGCUGGACAGGAAGAUCGCAGUGCUGGAGGCCAAGUUUGCCGACAUGACAGAUGAGGAGUUGGAGGACCUGGGGGAGGAUGAUGGGGAGCUGGGAGACACCUCCAUACCCCAGCUCCAGAGCCCCAUGGCAGGCAGCGACAUGGACAUGCCUUACACCCCUCCACAGGUCAGAGCAGCAACAUACACUGGGCAAAUGUGUGGUCAUGUUGUGAAGUCCACUCCCAAGUCCAUGAAGGGGAUGUCCAAGAAGGAGGGCUCCAAGAGGAAGAUCAACAUGAGUGGCUACAUCCUGUUCAGCAGUGAGAUGCGAGCGGUCAUCAAGGCCCAACACCCAGACUUCUCCUUCGGGGAACUCAGCCGUCUGGUGGGCACCGAGUGGAGGAACCUGGAGUCUCCCAAGAAAGCUGAGUAUGAGGAGCGAGCAGCUAAAGUGGCCGAGCAGCAGGAGCGGGAGAGGGCUGCCCAGCAGCUGGCUUUCCCUAGAGCAGGCAUGAUGGGUUCAUAUAUGCCACACAUGAUGCUGCAGGACCUAGUUGACGGCAUGUUUAGUAUGACUGGCAUGCCACCACAUCACAUGAGGUUGCCUCUCUUGACCCAUCAUCACCUAAUGCCAGGCAUCCCUGGGUUCCCUGGCAUGCCAUACCCGGGUGUCAACGCGGGUGCCCCUGGAGCCUAUGGAACCCAGAUGAUUGGUCUUGGGCAGCAGGCCCCGCCACCCUAUCCAGGACAGGGCCAGCCUGCCCUCCAGCAGCCCUCAACACCCAUAUUUGUAGCCCCGCCACCCAAGCCCCAGCGCCUGCUCCAUUCGGAGGCGUACCUGAAGUACAUUGAGGGACUCAAUGCAGAGUCCUCCACCAUCAGCAAGUGGGACCAAACUCUCUCAGCUCGAAAGAAAGAUGUGCGGCUGACCAAAGAGCAGGAGAGCCGGUUGCCGUCCCAUUGGCUGAAGAGCAAGGGCGCCCAUUCCACCAUGGCGGACGCAUUGUGGCGUCUGCGAGACUUGAUGCUGCGUGACACAAUGAACAUCCGCCAGACGUACAACCUGUAGAAUGUCUGAGCCACUGCUCCUUACACUGUCAGACAGGAAAGCGGGUUUAGGCUCAUUUAAAAAAGUGUUUAUGUUGUUGUCAUGUUAAAGUUGUCAUUCGUUUGUAGAAUGGUUAAAUGAGCUUGCUUACUCUGUUCAAGCAGUUUUGUAUUGACAUCUUAAUUGUUCUAACAAGUGCAUUAUUAUUGUAUUAAAUGUUUCUCUGUGAUGGAUAAAAGUUUUCAUAAAAAAUGAA